UGUCAGCUGGCCGGGUGCCGCCUUACUCAGUGAUCACACAGAGGGAUACUUAUGUUCGUCCUGGCUGAGUUCUCUGCUGCUGGCUGGGAGAGGUGACCGUGGGUUGUGUCUAUGUUGCCUUCGUGUGACCGUGGUGCAGAGGCAGAGUGGUACAUAAGAGGGAUUGCGAUGUUCUGCUUACAAUAUGUUACACUGGGUGCAGAUAUCUAGCCAUGGACAGGAGAAGCACAAUAGCAACCCUCCUGGAUAAGGUCCCAGGGAAAAAGAGAUUUGGCAUGUACCGCUUUCUUCCUUUCUUUUUCAUUCUGGGAGGAGCCAUGGAAUGGUUUAUGAUCAAUGUUCGGAUCGGCAGGGAGACCUUUUAUGAUGUGUACAGAAGACGCCAAUCAGAGAGGAUGUACGAAGAAAGAGCUAAUCUGGAACCAAAAUCCCAAUCCUGAUACCUCACAAUGUAUUUACUCACUUGAAUAAAAAAUAUAUAUUUAUUUUCAGUAA